GCAGUUAGCAUUUAACCAGAAGUGCAUAAGUGCGUAUUUACAAUAAAUAACAGUAGAUAAAUAGUGUAUGAGGUCCAUAUAUGAUAUAGCCUGAAGGGAGAAGGGUGAAUAGUCCAUAGUUGGGGUAAGAGGGACCUCUGAUGAUGCCCCUCAGCCUUUGCAGAAAGCGUUUACUGUAAAUGUUCUCCAAGGUGGAAAGCUGAGUGUUAAUGAUUUGUUGGGCAGUUUUCACCACCCUCUAAAGGGCUUUCAGUCCGAAGCAGUGCAGCUGCUGUACCACACUAAAAUGCAGUUAGUGAGGAUGCUCUCCAGUAUCAUGUAGCACAGACUGGAUUUUUUUUAAGUCUCCUCAGAAAAAAAUAGGUGCUGUUGUGCCUUCCUGAUCGGGAUAGAAGAGUUCAGAGGCCAGGUGAGAUCCUCAGAGAUGUCGAUUCCAAGGAACUUAAAGCUGCGUCCACGAUCAACAUCAGUUCCGUUGAUGUGAAUAGGAGCAUGAGCGUGAUUGAUGGCUCGUCUAUAAUCCACAAUAAUCUCUUCCGUCGUCCCUGAGGAACACCAGUGCUGAGAGUGAGAGUCCAGCCGGACAGACUGUGGUCUGUUUGUGAGGAAGUCCACGGUCCAGCUGCAGAACAUGUGUGCUGAUGUCAAGCUGUUUCAGCUUCAAGAUUAGCUUGGAGGGGCUAACAGUGUUAAAAGCUGAGCUGAAUUCAACAAACAACAUCCUGGCAUAAGUGUAGGGGUUGUCCAAGUGGGUCAGGGCAGCCGUGGAAAUGGCAUCCUCGGGUCACGAAUUGGUAUUGAUGUUCGAAUGUCACUGUUUUAAUAAGGCAAGAAGCAACAGCUAACCUAUUCUGCUGCCUGUUAGCACAAACAUAUACACUUUUACUUCCAGAAUUCAGUUUUUUUUAAUGGACACAAAAGUUAAAAUUGUGUCACACAACUUUAUCGCAAGUGAUUUUUCGAAAGGUCAGCGAUGAUCCGAUUGAUGUUUUUGUGUGUGUGUGUGUGUGUGCACAAAAAAUCAUAAGAGAACGAGCUUUGUGGUUAGAGAAGGAUUAGUUAAGACUUCCGUAUACUGUAGCCUCUGAAGCUCAGCUGAAUUAUUUCCUGUCUGAGGCAGGCUGGCCUCAGAGUGCUCAGAGCUCACGUACGGCGUGCAGCGUUCGGCAUGAAGAUAGUACAACUUCAUUUCUGUCUGGUUGUGUGCUGUGGUGCUACAGACAGUUUCACAGAGAAGUUGGUGAAUUUGGGACAAAAUGUGACUCUACAAUGUGAAGUAGAUGUAAAACAUGUGUACUGGUUCCUGAUGAAGCCGUCAGAACCUCCAGUGUUUAUAUUACGCUCUUUCUCGAGCAGGUCCCUGAGUGUAGAAUACAGCAACCAGACCUUCAACAAAACUUUCUCACUGCAACACAACAGCAGUUUAUUUAUACACAAUAUCAGUACUAAUGAAUUAGGAGUGUAUUAUUGUAGUCCUACUCCAUCUGUUUCACCUCCUAACAUCAGCCAUGAAAUCAGACUUUACAUCCGGAAUUACACAGCUGAUAAUUCUACAAGUAAAGAAACUCACCACCAGAACCAGACACAUUUAAAUGAAUUAUAUAAAUGUGGAGUCAAUUUCUGGCGAAGUCUCUUCUUCACACUCGGAAUCCUGAAUUGUCUCGUCCUUGUUGUGGUAAUCGUUCGUCUUUGCCGCAAAAGAUCUACAAAUCAUCAAGCACGACCUUCAGAUCCUGGUAUCCAGCAGAGUCAACAGGAAAACAACAUCCAUAUAUAUGACGUUGUGCUGAACAGCCCGCCAGACAGAAGCAUCGGGAUGAAUAUGCUCUCAAGCACAUAUGCUCUGCUGCAGCCUGCGAGGCCGCCAUCCUGACUGACCCCUGAGUGAUCCUGCACAGCCAUAUGACCUCACACAGCUGUACUGUAGCUUCAAACCCCAAACAUAGAACUCAUAUAGUGUUCUAUCAUAUCCUUAAGGAUUUGUGAUGGAUCAUUCACUAAUGAUUCGUCUCAAUUUAUUUAGAUUUUUUUUUUUUUUAAAGCCCAAUCUUUAUAACCUAAAGUGCCUUUCUAGGUGCUGUCUGGUAUUUUAUAGUAAAGUAAAUAAUAGAUUUAAAAGAAUCAAACCACUGUUGUUAAUACUGAUGUAAAUCAAUGGACUAAAAUAAUUCAUGUUUAAAACGGAACAAAAAAAAAGGUUGAAUCAGUGUUUUCUUAAAUGAACAUCAGCUAUUUAAAAAAAAAAAACAUUUCAAAUGCAGAAGGAAAAAAAUAGUUUGGCCUCUCGCUGGCCGAGAGUUUCUCAUAAAGACCUGAUAAUGUUUUGCUUUAAAAACAAAUAAUUAGCUAGUUUACAAGUGUGAUAUUGCAAUGAAAUAAAGUGUUUUAUAAUAUCUUUAGCCUGAAUGUUCCCUAAAUAUGAAAUACUCAUGUAACACGUUUAUUGCCAUGUUUCAAGGCACAAUGAAAUUUCCUCCUUAGUGUACAAGAGUGAAAUUUAAUGUGCAUCUAAAAUGUGUCAUGUAAAUGGACAUUUUGUACAACCUGUGCAGGUGAAGAACUGAAGCUUCAUAUAAGCGUCUAUUUUAUACAACUUGGAUUUUUUUUUCUAUGAUGAAAAAAGGCCAGUCAUUUGGUUACUUGAAUAUUUAAGUGACACCUUAAGGGCUGCUUCUGCCAACCAAGAGGGAGCAGAAAACUGAUAAAAGAAUGACAACAAACUGUGUUAGCAUUUUUCAAAAUAGCUACAGCAUUCAGCAUAUUGCUUUUUAUACACAAGGUGGUCACAGCUGUUAAAAAAAUAGAAAUCACACAUUCAGUUUGUGCAGCAUGCUCUUUCCGAGAUGAUCUUUUUCUUGUGUGUGUGGUUUUUGCGCUCUCCCAGCUCUGUGUACACUUUUAAAAUGAAGGCACGCAAACCUUUGAGGAAGUGGCAAAAAUAGUUUGAUUUGUGGCAAAAAGCCAUCUAGCAACCCCUUUUUUAUUUUUUGCAAAUAAAUGUAAUUAUUUUCUCGUAUUUUAUUUUAUUUAUGUAUAAAUGUUAAAUGUUUGUGUUCUCAUUGGGACACAGAAAGCAGAUGUUUGAUCAUGCGGUUUCCUGAUGCUCAUGAAAAGCUUGGCAAUCAUGUGAUUCAACCACAGUGUCCAAAGUGACAGGGUGUGUAGGUCAUACCUUUGACACUUUAUUUGUUUCUGCCAACAUUCACUAAAAACACAUAAUGAAGCAAGAUAACAGUUUCUGAGAAUUAAGAAAAAUGUUUAUA